AUGGCAGAUGGACAGGAGUCAUACUCAGUCCCCUUUGAAAAAUUGAAUGGGAGCAACUGGGAGGAGUGGUCAAGGAAGCUGAAGGCCUGGCUGGUAGCCAAGGGUCUGUGGGAGGCGACCCAAGGGCCCCCACAGCAAGCUCCAGCCGGAGCUGCAGCAGCGGUUGUUGCAGCUGCCCAUGCCUCACAGAGGAAAGACCAGAAAGCCCUAGGGGCUAUAGUGCUCAGUUUGGAGGGCUCACAGCUACCUUUGGUGGAGGGUCUUGAGACUGCCCAGGAGGUCUACCAGGCACUAGAGAGAGUGCACCACAGGACCACAGCUGGGGCAAAGAUCCACACCACCGGAAGCUUGUUUGAGCUGAAGCUGCGUCCUGGUGAUAGCAUCAGACAGCAUGUGACUAAGAUGCUCUCUGUUUUCAACAAGCUGAGACUGUUUGCAAGUCAACUUUACGGAGGAAUUGAAAGUUUAUAUUUUGCUCAGCUCUCUGGACAAAAGUUAGGACAAUUUGUGUCUAACUUUGGAAUCGAUGAAUACAGCGGAUCUUACGCUCCAGUAUGUGACUGGUCGUUUGUGUGA